GCAACAGCAGCAGUCAUUCAGUGAGUGGGUGAGUAACUCUAGUGAAAGAUCAUCAGCGGGUCUCUCAGCUCUCUCUCCGCAUUCAGACCGGACCAGCAUGACGGAGACUGCGUCAGAGCCAGAGCCCGCUCCAGGUGCCCCGGAGGAGCCAGAGGAGAAGCGGGAGACGGACCCCCCGGAGGGCGGCUGGGGCUGGGUGGUGAUGCUGGCCUCGAUGUGGUGCAACGGGUCGGUGUUCGGUAUCCAGAACGCGUUCGGUAUCCUGUUCGUGUCUCUGCUGAAAGAGUUCGGCUCCGAGACCGACGAUGACCUCCGCUUUAAAACAGCAUGGGUUGGUUCUCUCUCGAUGGGCAUGAUCUUCUUCUGCUCACCAAUCGUCAGUGUGUUCACCGAUCUGCUCGGCUGCCGGAUUACAGCAGUUGGAGGGGCAGCGGUGGCAUGUGUGGGACUUCUGGCCAGUUCCUUUGUCACGUCUCUUGGGCCAAUGUACUUCACAUAUGGCAUCGUCUUUGCAUGUGGCUGCAGCUUUGCAUAUCAGCCAAGUCUGGUUAUCCUGGGUCACUAUUUCAAGCGGAGGCUGGGUCUGGUGAAUGGCAUUGUGACAGCGGGCAGCAGCGUGUUCACCAUCACGCUCCCAUACAUCCUGACCGGCCUGCUGAAGCGUGUGGGAUUUGCAUACACCCUGCGUUUUCUGAGCAUCUUCAUGUUCGUGCUCAUGCUGGCAGGACUCACCUACAAACCCCUGCUGCCCAAACCUGUAAGCAGCAGCAAGUCGGGCAGCCGCUGUCCCUCGCUCAAGAGGGUGUUUAACGUGCACAUCUGGAGGUCUCUGGGAUACCGCAUAUGGGCCUUUGGGAUCCCUGCAGCCCUGUACGGAUACUUUGUGCCUUAUGUUCAUCUGAUGAAGCAUGUGGAGGAGCGCUUCGGUGCAGACGCUAAUAAAGAGGUUCUGCUCACCUGUAUCGGCAUCACGUCUGGAGUGGGUCGUCUGAUCUUCGGGAGAGUGGCCGACUACGUCCCUGGAGUCAACAAAGUCUUCCUGCAGGUGUCCUCGUUCCUGGUGAUCGGGCUGAUGUCCAUGAUGAUUCCUCUGUGUCAUGUGUUCGGUGGACUCAUCGCUGUGUGUCUGCUCAUGGGUCUCUUCGACGGCUGCUUCAUCUGCAUCAUGGCUCCCAUCGCGUUCGAGCUGGUGGGCUCCCAGAACGUGUCGCAGGCCAUCGGCUUCCUCCUGGGCAUGAUGUCCGUCCCCAUGACUGUCGGGCCCCCCAUCGCAGGGUUCCUCAGAGACCGUCUGGGCAGCUAUGACAUGGCCUUUUACCUGGCAGGCAUUCCUCCGAUCAUCGGCGGGGCCGUGCUGUGCCUGAUCCCGUGGGUGGAGGCGCAGAGGAGGAGGAAAGAGGCGCAGCCGGCGGCCGAAGCCACCGAGAAGAUGCUGGAGAGCAAGAACGGCGCACAGGUCAAGGUGAAGCCUGAAGAGCCCGAGUCCGUCAUCUGAGAGCGUUUACAGUGGACAGACAGAUGUGUGUGUGUGUGUGUGUGUGUGUGUGGAGAGACUCCGUGUGAUUAUCUUUCCCUGCAGGAACAUGCAGACCGGGCAUAAAACAGUGCUUCUCCACCUAUGUGAUUUAUGAGCUAUGCAUCUCUCAGAAAGUUUCCUUGAAUAUUUUUGUACUGAGCUUCUAAAAGGGAAGUGAAAGUUAGACAAUCAUCGGUUAAGAAGGGAAGAUGUUUGCUGGUGCUGUGAUGGGUGUGAGCCCUGAAAGAAGAAUCAAGGGAUUUUAUUUUAACACACUUUUCCUUUACUCUUAUAAUCUAGCUAUGCAUUAUUUUAUGUCAGACUACAUGAACAGCUCAUAUAUUGUGUUGAAGGAAACUUCAGCCGUGCCAUAUGUAAUCGUUUCCCCCAGAGCUUGGAAGACUCGAAAGAGGUUUUUGCGAAGUCACACUUCCGCCGUGAGUGUUUAUUAGAGGAAUCAUCACUGCAUGACAACAGUGUUUUUAUAUGCAAGUAUCUAAGAGGUUUAUUUUCACUGAGAAAUAACAGUUGAGGAGACAGAGAGCAAAUAGACAUGAUUACACAAGCAGAUGUUUUAUGAUGCCGUCCCAGUGUUCUCGGUAAAGCUUUGCUUUGUUUUUGUACUGAGCGUUGUGUUUUAUGUUCGAGGAACACUGCUCUGGAACGUUUGCAGGAUGGUUUC